AUGCAUGCAUUCGAUGAUCAGUGCGGCGCGGGACAUAUAAUCGCCCAAGAGACAAAGCCAGUUCCGCUCCUAGCCGCCCCCGCCCUCGAUCCUUCCCCGAACCCUAGAAUGAAGGGAUUCUCGUCCUCCAGCAGCAGCAAGGAUUCAGGCACCUAUGAACAUUUAACCUUUAUUCAAGAGGAUCCUACCCUCCCCAACCAGCGCAAGAAGCCGCGUACGCUGACUGCUUGCGAUAGAUGCCGUGCACGUAAAGUCAAGUGCGAGCAGAGUGCAAGCUCUGAACGAUGUGACGCCUGCCUCUUGGCUCGCCAGGAGUGCUCCUUCAAGGCUAGAGACCAGCGGUUCCACGGUGCACCUCCAUCAGCAGAAUCGACGUCCAGCAACCCGCACAGCGGAAUGAAGGUCGACGACACACAACGACCUGCGUCCUCCAAGGGCCGCAGAGCGUCUACCGCAGCGGGCCCAGACGCAAUGACGCCCGCUGUUGCAGGGUCUAGUAGGGUCCCCCGCCCAAGCGGUCGAUUUCCAGCCUCUUCAACAGCUCCUCAACAUCCGGGAGGUAUUUCCCCCACCCCGUCGCAGGCGUCUCCUCCACUUCCUGCCGCUCAGAUUCCUCCACACAACCAGUUCUUUGACUACCCCCUCCAUCCCACAUUCCCCCGGCGUGACCACAUGUCACUACUUGUUCCGACCUUUUUCGACCACUUUGGCGCUUUUUUCCCAUACCUCAAGCAAGCAGACAUUUCUCAGCGAGCCUCCGCCGGUCGUCUAUGGAAUAUUCAUGCACUUGGGAUCGCCGCUUUGGCCUCCCGAUUUUCUACUCACCCGGCUCAUGCCGCCGAGCCACGGUUUCAACACGGCAGUGUAUAUCUCAGUGUGGCCAAGCCCUUGAUUACUCAGUACAAAGGUCAAAUGACCCUUCAAGCUCUUCAGGGCAUUAUUCUGCUUAGCUGGGCAGAAGCUGGUGGCCACCCAUUCGAGCCCCUUACAAUGACUUCGCCGACGACGAACUCCACAGUCUAUAUCACGGAAGCAGUCAAGAUUGCCAACACCCUGGGUCUCGGCUGGAGAAGCAAGAUUGACACGUUUGGAGUUCCAAGGGAUGAGGUGAUUGCGACGUGGUGGUCGCUAAUGCUUAUCGAUGAACUCACUGCAUGGAACAACAACCAAAGUCCCUUGAUCCAUGACAAUGACUUUGACCAUCAACUUGUAUUCAACCCUGCAUCCGAGGAUGACACCUUUAUGCAACUAUCAGCCCUCAGCCUGCAAAGGAGGAAGGUUGGCCGACAUCUGUAUACGGCUACGUCGACGAUGGUCGAGAGGAGCUCGGCAAUCGACGGGAUGAAGACGACAUACAUCUCCAUCCGCAGGAACUGUCCCAACCUGGAUCUGCGCAAAGCAAGUCUCCAAGCCUGCAUUCGCUCCGGGAAGGGCGGACUCUUCAUGGCCUUUCACCUUCUUUAUUAUUCAGUCAUUUUCGGCUUCAGGCUCUUCAUGGCAAACACUGGAUUCCAUGGAAGUGCUGAAAAUGACGCCGCACUUGUCAGUGCUCGGAAUGUACUGGAAAUCUCCCGUUGGUGUCACUCGGAGAAGCGACCGCAAGAUAUUCUUGCAAAUCUUUUCCUCGAGAGUGCACUUUACGAAGCCGGUCAGGUAUUCGUGGCCGUUUAUCGCGCGGCUGCAAGUACCGAUCCUAACAGCGGCCGCUAUUUGCAAGAAGCGCGAGACUGUCGUGAUACACUCAUGACUUUGGGAAGUGUCUGGCCCAAGGUGACUCCAAGAUGCCAUGCUCUGGCGCUUGUCCUCGACUCUGUUGGGGCCACGAGCACUGGCCUUUCACCCGUCCUGAUGAACAUGAACAUGGGCUCCAUGAUGGAGCAUCAAGUUGCCGGCUAUUCAUCGCACAUCCCAAUCCCACCUAUGGCACCCUCUUCUUCCUAUACUGGCUGGAGCCAUUCACCCUCUGCAUCUCCCUAUCACGCGCCGCUCACGUAUUCGGGCGGCUCUCUUAAUCAAGGCUACUAUGAUCCAAACGCAUACAUAAUUCCCGGUGGAACUCAUUCACGCUCCAAUUCGCCUUAUUCCAAGCCACAUCAACAUUCUCCUGGGCAAUCUUGGUCUUCACAUCCUCGCUAG